AGGUGUUAAAACGAGUGUCGGCUCCUCUCAAGCUCAGCACAAGGCUCAGUCGGAGUCGGAGGCUGCGCGUCAACCCAUCAUCGCUAUUCGCAGCUUUUUCGAGGAUGCGCACGACUCCGGAAUCUCUUGCCAUGGAUGAUAACGGCACGGAAUUCCUCAGUCACAGGUAACCGGACUUUUUGACAGCCAGAAAGACUUGAAAGAAAGGCUGCGAGAGCGAGUCCCAACGAAAAACCGGACAUGACGGGACGGCGCGCCGGCCGGGACGGACCCCGCGUCGAAGGCUCGUGAAGAAGAACGAGUCGACGGGCAGGAGGAGGAAGCGGGAGUUGAUUUUCUUUUCUUUUUGUUUUUUAUUUUAUUGAUUUGUCAAAAAAAUAAUUAGGAGGGAAGAGUUGUGGCUUUUCAAGCGUGGCGGAACAAUGCGCGGUUUCAUCCUGCUGCUCCUCAACGGAACCGCUUGUUUGGUGGCCCUGAGUCAGGAGGACGACUCCUCGAGCGCCAAGAGCACCUCGGGAGACUCCUCCAAGACGGUGGGCCUCCUGAGCAGCCAGGCGACCCUCUCGCCACUGAGCCGCUGGAUGCUUCAUGGCAGAGGGCGGGCCGCCAACGCCACCUCGCUGGAACUGCCCUACCGCACGCCGGCCGCCUUCUCCAAGCAGGAGUUUUCCAAGCAGGAGUUCUGGGAGAUGCUGGGCGGUGACCUGCUCAAACAAGAUACCUCGGGCUCCCGGGUCAAGCGGCGGCCCAUCGUCAAGACGGGCAAGUUCAAAAAGAUGUUCGGCUGGGGGGAUUUCUACUCCAACAUCAAGACGGUGCGGCUGAAUCUGCUCAUCACCGGCAAGAUUGUGGACCACGGCAACGGCACCUUCAGCGUCUACUUCCGCCACAACUCAACGGGCCAGGGUAACAUCUCAGUGAGCUUGGUGCCGCCCGUCAAAGCGGUGGAGUUCGACCUGGAGCGCCAGAGUGUGGUCUACCCCAAGGACUCCAAGAUCUUCAACUGCCGCGUGGACUAUGAGAAGGUGGACCGCAGCAAGCGCACCUCGCUGUGCAACUAUGACCCGUCCAAGACCUGCUUCCAGGAGCAGAUCCAGAGCCACGUAUCCUGGAUUUGCUCAAAGCCUUUCAAAGUCAUCUGCAUCUACAUUUCGUUUUACAGCACGGACUAUCGCCUGGUUCAGAAAGUCUGCCCGGACUACAACUACCACAACGAGAUGCCCUAUUUGCCCUCAGGGUAGGGGACUUGUGUAGGAGGGGAAGAAGGGGGCCAGGGGGGGGGGGUUGUUUCACGGGUUGUUUUUCGAUGCCACUGUGUAGCCUGACUGGAGUAAUAUAUGCAAAACUCAAACAAUAUACAUAUGCACAUCACGUGGCAGUCCGGUAGGGUCAUUCCCAAAGCGGUAGAGAACGUCAGCGUCAACACACAAGUUCUUACCUCAACCCUCGUCAGUCCCGUCACCGCCCUUCAAAUACAUUGCACCGUCCACCCGCAUGAAGAGUCCGGCUUUACCGCGAGCCCCUAUCGCAUAAGGAGCUUCUGCGAAAUUGGCGUAGCACAGUAGAUCCGGGAUUUAUCAGCCUGUGCCUUUCUCAAAGAAGUUGGAUGACAUUGGAUGCUCCAAGAAUUCGAAACGUAUCAUCCCACCCCAGGAUUUUUUCUGCCAUCUCAUUUCACACAACCGCUGUCCUGCCUCUGACAUGAGAGUUCCCUCGAACCCCAGCCCUCAUUGCCCCCCGAACCUUUUCACACUAUGAAAUCGUGUCAAAAAGACAAAAAGUCGCGUGCCAACAGAACAAUUUGAGCAUUUAGUUCCCUCCGGUUGAAUGUAUCGUGCAAAAAUACUCUUUCUGGAAACAUUUUGGUCACUCCCGGUGUUAAACGCGUGGUAAUAUCUUGAAAGGUGACUUGCCGCCGGCUCCCCAGCCAGAAGGAGGCAGCCCACCAAGCACUUACAAGUCCUGUGCUAUCUGUUGCAUUAAUAGACUUUUUAAAAAAAUCAUUUAUUUCAUGUAAUAAUUUGUUGAACAUUUUAAGAAGAUGAAAAUGUUCCUAAAAUAAUAUGUAUAUAUAUUUACAUAUUUUUAAAAUUCAUUUGAUUAAAUAGUGGUUCACCAAUUCAAAUUGAAUUAUUAAUACACAAAUAUUUAAAAUGUGUCAUUUAAUUUCAUUUGACAUCAACAUUAUUUAUGGAUUUAUUUUUUUUACCUCAUAUACAAAUAAUACGGCCCACCUGUCCCCCUGGAUUUCUUUCUGGGCAGGCCAACAGAACGCUGGCUGGCUAUUUUGGGCUAUUUUAUAGCACGUAUGUUCCGAAAAUAAAAUUUGGUGAAAGGGUGGCGACAGACACAGGAAACCCACCGCAAACAGCUCCUAUAAUUAAAAAAGGAUGUCACGGAGAACGCGGCUCGGUCUUUUGUUGCCGUCAGGAUUUGUGAUUUCACGCCUAGAUAACUUGGACUGCGAGACCCAAUGAGAUUGCUCUCUCCCGACAAACACAUUCGCUCGCAAACGCUCACUCUCCCGUUAUCAGCCAGAAAAUGAAAAUAUUAUCAUAAUAAUUGUGUCUAAUUUAAUCUCCUUUCGAACUAAUUAAGCUUUCACCGAUGGGGCCCGGACGUAUUCCUCGAUGGCUGGCGGGACGUUUACGCCAGGGAUGUUUUGGGUCCAAGUUCAGCUGUGAGUUAAAUGCUCUCAUUAAGAUAAAUGGCCGGCGGCUGACGUGUGUCAUAAACAAUGGCAGAGGGCAACGCACAACGCAGCGAUGAAUUAGGAUGGACUUUCGGCUACUUUCGGUUUACCGUCUGCUAACCAUUUGGGUUUUAAUUCGAACAUGAAAGGAAAAGAAAAUCGUCUUCGAGGUGAGGGAUUGUCUCAUUGGCUCCAUUCAAUAACCAUGACCAAAAUAAUAAACUUAUAGGGAAAAUAUAUCAAAAUGUAAUCCAAUUACCAGAAAAAUCAUACCCUGACUCGACAUGUGACUGCUUGCUUUGUGUUUAUUAGUCCAACUUUGUUGACAAUUACGCCUCCGUUUGCUUUGUGGUGUUGAAGCAGAAUCAGCAGGAAAAGAAAAAAAAAAAAGAAAUCGGGGCAAAGUAUGCCGCAUUGGCCGAGAGAGAACCUAAUAAAUGAUGGUGUAUAUCUGCUGACUGGAGCUUUUUUUUUCCCCCUUGGAAAAAAAAUAAAUACAAAAAAAAAAAAGAAAAGACGAUUGUCCUUUGCAGAGGCUUGCUCCCUUCAAAUGCAUUGCUGGCAUUGCAAUCUAACACAUACCAUCUGUAUACCCCAGCGAUAAAAAAUGUGUUUUGCCUGCAAUUAAUUCUUAUUCAUUCAUUAAGAAUGCAAUAUAAAAUAGAUAUUUUAAUGAAUGUUAAUAGAGGGUUCGUGUUAGGGAGGGGAGGGAGGCAUUUAGAGGAAGGGAAAUCGUUGGGUGCAGGUUGUAGUGAAGAUCCGGGUAUGUGAGCUCGGAGUUAGGGUGAGUGGUGUAAAGGUCAAGAUAAGGGAGAGUUAGUGUUAGGGAGGAUUAAGAAUGAAGGAAAAAUUUGGUGACAUGAGGAGUUUGGGUUGUGAUUAGCCAGAUUCAGGGUUAGAGACUAGGGAGGGCCUCGUGGCACCACGUGGAGCCCCCCUUUACGGAAAGCGACACUUCUGCCGAGCUAAAGAUAGUCCCCAUCAAAUGCCGGGGAAGAAGCACAUCCACAAUUUCAGCCUUCUUACCCCUACCAGACGUCGGCAUGUUCCUCAAACCAUAUUCCUCCCGUGACCUCCCGGUGCCUGCCAUAACCCGUCCGUGAACCCCCCCACUGCCGCGCUUUGCCUCGCAACGAGCCAGCCCAGCCGCCCGCGAUCACUGCAGCCGCUCCGGCUAAUCCCCCGGUGAUCUUAGCACUAAGAGCUCAUCCUUUACCACCUUUUCUGCUAUCUAUCCCAUCAUGAAAGCGCUCCCGUCUCGUGCCGUGUUCAAAGUAUCUUCAGUGAGACUGGAUUGUGAGGAUGUGGUUCUUCGACCCCCCCCCCCCACCCCCCUUCUUCGACAAAGCUGACAUCACACCCACCCAAUGGCGGGUAGUAAACGCAUCUUGAAUGGGGCCCUGGAGCUACCUGCUCAGAUUAGCAGCAAUAGGCACCCGCCAGACCUCCGGUGGUGAGACUAAGAGACAUCAGUGGCAAUCGCCACGCUUGGCAGAUCGACUUGCCUCGGAGAUUGCAACACCUCAACAAAGGGACAGCAACAGAAAAUUUAUAAAUGCACACACACACACGCAUACGAGUAUACAUAUAUAUAUAUAUAUAGACAUAUAAAUAUACUGUAUAUAUAAAUAAAUGAAAAGACUCAGAUUUGAAUAAAGUGGUAUUUAAAUGUGGGCUCUUUGUUUUGUUUGUCAAGUGGAUGAUCAAGUAUAAUGUGCAGAUGAAAUGGCAUUUACUGUGCUUUUUUUUUUUUUUUCAACAUUCACAUUAAAGUGCUAAAAACCUUAA